CGAAUCAAAAUUUCAGCGGCCAGUCUGAGUCUAGGUGGUGGUGCCACAGAUACCGUGCGGUCAUCCAAUUUAAUUAAUUUGCUUUUGGUUGGAAAGCAAUUGUUAACUGGAACAGUGGUAAAACUUUGCGCGAAUUGUGUGCUAAAGACGCUUGUCUUCGCUGCCUUGUCCAAGGCUGUUGUGCUAGAGAAUUCUGCCUGAAGGUUGGGCAGCCCUCCUCACCCCUUUUUCGGGACGGUCUACUCUUCAUCCGCGUACGCCUAUCUUCUGGAUUUCUUGAAAAUUCCGUUUCAAAAUGCAAGCCAUCAAGUGUGUUGUGGUGGGUGACGGUGCUGUGGGUAAAACUUGCCUCCUCAUCAGUUACACAACCAAUGCCUUCCCUGGAGAGUAUAUUCCCACUGUGUUUGACAACUAUUCUGCUAAUGUUAUGGUAGAUGGAAAGCCUAUUAAUUUAGGUCUGUGGGAUACAGCUGGUCAAGAAGAUUACGAUCGACUGCGACCCCUAUCAUAUCCUCAAACGGAUGUGUUCCUCAUAUGCUUUUCGCUCGUAAAUCCAGCAUCGUUUGAAAACGUCCGAGCAAAGUGGUACCCUGAAGUGCGGCAUCACUGUCCAAGCACUCCAAUCAUUUUGGUUGGUACAAAGCUUGAUCUUCGAGAUGACAAAGACACAAAUGAAAAAUUGAAAGAAAAGAAACUGGCCCCAAUUACCUACCCACAAGGGUUGUCUAUGGCUAAAGAUAUUGGUGCUGUGAAAUAUCUUGAAUGCAGUGCACUUACUCAGAAAGGAUUGAAGACUGUGUUUGAUGAAGCAAUCCGUGCUGUUCUCUGUCCAGUUAUGCCUGUGGCAAAGAGGAGGAAAUGUACUCUACUCUAAAGGAUGGAAUUGAUCAUCGGUUUGUAGGAGAUGGUUUAUUUUACCAUAGAGAGAAGACUUAACUUGGAUUUAUAUAUUUAAAAAGGAAAUUUUGUGUUAAAUCUCUCUGGUAAAAGUAAGAAAUCUUAUCCUCCUCUUUGAGAAAAGUAAAACUGUUUGACUGUGAUUCCUAGAAAGAAAUCCUUUUGGCUGGAAUCUAAGGCAUGUGAAUCCCGUGUUAGCGGGGAUGGCCUCACUGAUCCAUAUUAAAUUUGUGGAAUUCAUUCUGUCCGAUAAUUUUAUUGUAACUCGUAUCAGGGAACAAUCCAACACUUAACAAUUUUCUAGCUGUUGAUUGGGCCUACUAGGGUUCGGGAGGGGACGGGGGGGAGAGAGAUAUCUUGUUAUCUCUGUUACCUUUGUGGAUCAUUUUCGGUAAUCAUAUCUGUUUGUGAAUAGUGUGUAGGUGUGGGUGUGUAUUCAGUAGUGAGUCACAACUGAAAUGAUGAAUGUUAUAGUCUUGCUUUAAUCAGUGCUUUUGUCACUGUUAUGUGAUAGCACAAAUUUUGUUAACUUGUUAGUGCACUGGAAUGACGUGGUUUGGGUGCAUUACUUACUUAGCAUCUUGAUUUCAAAUGUGGCAUGCUAAUUUUAAAAAAAAAAACUACUUGUUUUGUUCUUGUAGUUAUUUGCAUCGUUUUCUUGAUGGGCACCCAAUCUUUAUUGUUUUUUUUUUCAUACUUUCUUCCAAAAGACUCUUUAUUGUACAAUUUUCACUGCCAUACCUCCUUUUCCAAGCUUCCCUAAAUUGAAUCAAUUUCAUUACCAUACUGACUGUUUUUUUUUAAAUUGGUUAUCAGGGGCUGCAAACCUUAAGCAGUCUGUGUUACUGUAAACAUUCUUCACUUGCCUACUGUUAUAAGGUUUGUGUGAUAUUUAAGCUAAACUAAGAGACACUUGUUUGUCUUUUCUUCACAUUUACCUACCUGGUCAUUUUAAAAUUAUGCCACAAAGAGUCAAGGCAGAAAGCACUCUAGAGACUGAAACAAAGAUAAUUUGCUUUUAAAUACUGUAGUAAAAUGAAAUAGUAGUUUAGAAAUGAACACAUGGAACGUUCUACUGCACAAAGAUAUGCACUUGACAGUUACCAAAUUCCAAAAGAGAGUGAAAUUUGUCAUGUAGUUAGGACUUGACUUGUUUGUAUUUCUUAAAUAUUUGUAUCUUUCAUACCCACAUCUGCCCACUUCGUUGAGUUUUUUUUCCUUUCAAAGAGUAGUUGUUCCCCUUUUCAUUGUUUCUUUUUCAAAAUGAUGUUCUUGAGACUAAUUUGUCUUUAUUCUACUUAUAAGGUCGAACUAAUGUACCAAUCACAUUUUGGGUUCUUUCAAAAGAUGUGAAACCCUUAGGGAUCCUACAAUUAUAAAAUGCUUUACAUCUUCAAUCUUGUUAUCAUAAUCUUUUGGCAUUCAGUUUCAAGAGGAACUUUGUGAGAAGAGAAAUGGAAUAUAGUUUUGUAGCCUUGACUUUUUAAUUACCUGUACGCCACAAAUUAAAGCUUUCUACUGUUUUCACGAUUUCCACCUAAAGACUGGAGUGAGAGAAUACCCGAUUUAAUCAUUGUUCUACUUUAAAUUAAUCUUAUCAAACCUGAAAACUAAGAACAUAGGGAAAGACUUUACCAUUACUGACUUCAAAUAUGUUGUGUAGUGACUGGAAUGUCUUCAAGAUGUCAUGGUCAAUUUGUGGGUCUAAUGGCCAUUGAUGUUUUUGCUUUCAGUAUCCCUCCAAACUUUUCUGUUGUCAAGCAAAUAUUAAUGCAUCUCAACUGCUUGAAAACCAAGUAUGGCUUAAACUAGAAGAUGUGAUGUGUGGUUUUUUUUGUCAUUGUUUUUUCCCCCCCUUUCAAACAAUGUGCUUCCCCUCGACUGUACAAUUAGUAGAUUUGGAUGUCGUUUCCAGCAGUUAACUUCCAUACAGUACUUUUCAUCAUUUGGCACCUUCAACUGGGUAAUAAAUUUGCUUUUCUGAUGUGGGUACCCUUAUUUCUAGAAACUGUUUUGUUCUGGGCAUACCACAGCUAAUUGGUGAUACAAAGCCCUAUAGUAAGAUAAUAUUUUGAAGGGUUGUUUGUUUGCAUAAUUGUUGUAGAGAGAUUUAUUUUAUUUUAAAAUAUAUAUACAUUAUGUUACUCUUCUGUUUUAUCUUAUGAAGCUACUGAUUCUUCAUCUUUGUAAUUUGUAUUAAUGAGACAAAUUAAUCCUGUUUAUCUUUUUUUCCUGCUUCAAAUUUAUAAAGCGUGUAUACUUUAUUGUGCUGCAUUGAAGUGUUUUCUUUUUUCCCCACCUUCUUUAAAGGUAGGUUAGUAAACUAGGUUGUCUUAAUUCAUCGACUUCUGAGGUUUCACUUGUUUGAAAUUCUUCUGUUAACGACUAAUGUGAAUUCUAGGUCAUUAGCGCAUUAGCAAAUGUUUCAAUUCUGCAA